CAAAACAUUAAUAAUUUAGCAGCGCCUACGUACACACUGAAGACGGUCGCGUCUAUCUCAGCUGAAUUAUUUUUUUAAUAACAGUGAAUUAUGUGAUAAUUUGAUGUGAUAUAAUUGUUAAAUAAAUGAUAACAUUAUUUAUAAUACGAAACAAUGAAUGGAAAUCAAUUUGACACGGUCAGUGAGAUUGUUGAGAAGAAAAACGAAAAUGCAGCAACUUUGGAUCACGCUUUACAUGUCGCAGGUCUCGGCUGGUACAAUAUCAAAUACUGUUUAGUGUUGGCUCUAUUCCUCGUAGCAGCAAUUGUAGAACCAGUCGGCUACUCCUACAUAUUACCAUCGUCUAAAUGUGAUUUGAACAUAACAGAUGGACAGCGAGGAUUUUUAGCUUCUGUACCCUAUAUCGGUAUUGUACUGACAUCAUUUCCAUGGGGUUAUUUAGUGGACACUCGGGGCAGGAAGAUGUCAUUGAUUUUGAGUUCUCUGGCGGCGGGCGUAUUUGUACUGCUUUCCGCCUUUAUGCCUGACUUUAUAAGUUUUGCUGUCUGCAAAUUCUUGUCGGCAUUAUGUAUAGCAUGUCCGGCUGCAGUUCCGUACACAUUUAUAGGAGAACUUGUCCCCCUGAAGUAUAGAGAUAUCACUUUAUCUGUUACUAACGCAAUGCAGAUAUUGGGAUCCGCUAUAGUUCCUUUGUUCGGCUGGGCUAUACUUCCAUUGGAGUUUAGAGUGGAUUUCGGAGCUUACGAAUUUCGACCAUGGAGACUACUGACAAUGAUGUACGGCUCUUUAUUCAUAAUAGCUGCGCUGCUACUGACAUGCGGGCCAGAAAGCCCAAAAUAUCUGAUAUCUCAAGGACGAUUUGAUGAAACCCUCGACUUGUUAAGAAUGAUGUACUCGAAGAAUAAGAAAAAAUCUCCGGAUGAUUAUCCUAUUAAAAGCCUAAAGACAGACGAAUUUGUUAAAAAAGAAAAACCUGCAUUCUUUACAUCACUAAAAGUACAAUCAGUACCUUUGUUUAAACCGCCCUUUUUAAAAUGGAUGGCACUCAACAGUACUAUAUUCUUUGGUAUAUUUUCGACAAUAAAUGGUCUUAAUGUUUGGAUACCUGAUGUGUUGAACCGGGUGCUGACUGGUGACGGUGAAGGGGUUACGGCUUGCGAAGUUAUCGCCCAGCGACUUAACAGUACUGCUGAUGACUUCGCCGAAUGUGACGAUACAUUGGACACGAUGACUUUCCUCAUUAAUUCGGUGGCCAAUGUAACAUGCGCCGUCAUCGCAAUCGUAGUUAGUAGCACCGUCAAGAUCAUCGGCAAGAAGAACUUAUUAAUAGCAGUUCAAUUGAUAAUCGGUCUAUUCUGUGUACUGAUCAACGUGGUUACACAAGAUAUUUUGUUUGCUAUAUUCUUAUCAGCGUUGCCAGUGCUAGGAUUAGCGAUAGGACCAGUCAAUGCAUACGCUGUAGAAAUAUUCCCAACACAUCUAAGAGGUAUGGCCGUCAGUUUAUCAAUGAUGAUAGGUCGUGUAGGAUCCGUGUUCGGAGCUAAUGUCGCUGGCGCUAUGUUAAAUGCAGUUUGUGAAGCUACGUUUUAUUUCUUCGGAGGAUUUCUGAUGUUUUGUGGUUUGCUAUCAUUCCUGAUGCCGGGAUCUAAGAAAAAACAAACUAAAGAGGCGAUAACGACAAAAUUGUAAUUAAAAACAUAUAAAUCGUAAAUCAAAUGUACAAAUGUAUUUUAAGUCGUGUAGGAUAAGAUUAUUUUUACGAAUAAAAUUUUAUAUAUUGACC